CAGAGCAGGGCUCCCACGUGCCUUGUGCUGCUUUUGGCGGGAAACGUGACGCUGAGUCGGGUCAACAAGCAUCUGUCUCGCAGAGGUGAAUGACCAACCGUUGAAGCGCAUGCGCAGCUGAACAGCUCGGAAGGCAUGCGUAUCUGUAGGGGCUGGAAGGCAAGCGCAUGCGCUUCAGCUAAGCGCAUGCGUCGUCAGCACCUCUUUCUCAAGGUCACCGGCAGGCGCCAUAAGACCUUUCGUAGCUUACACGUUGAAUUAAGGAAAAUACUUUAUCAGAAGAUGGCCACAGCACAGCUGCAGAGAACUUCCAUGAGUGCAUUGGUAUUUCCCAGUAAAAUAUCAACUGAACAGCAGUCUUUGGUGUUAGUGAAGAGGCUCCUAGCAGUUUCCGUGUCCUGCAUCACAUAUUUGAGAGGGAUAUUUCCAGAAUGUGCUUAUGGAACAAGAUAUCUAGAUGAUCUUUGUGUCAAAAUUCUGAGAGAAGAUAAAAAUUGCCCAGGAUCUACACAGCUAGUUAAGUGGAUGCUUGGAUGCUAUGAUGCUUUGCAGAAAAAAUAUCUAAGGAUGGUUGUUCUAGCUGUGUACACCAAUCCAGAAGACCCUCAGACAAUUUCAGAAUGUUACCAAUUUAAAUUCAAGUAUACCACUAAUGGACCAAUCAUGGACUUCAUAAGUAAGAACCAAAGCAGUGACUCUAGUAUGUCAUCUGCUGACACCAAGAAAGCAAGCAUUCUCCUCAUUCGCAAGAUUUAUAUUCUGAUGCAGAAUCUGGGACCCUUACCUAAUGAUGUUUGUUUGACCAUGAAACUUUUUUAUUACGAUGAAGUUACACCCUCAGAUUACCAGCCUCCUGGUUUUAAGGAUGGUGAUUGUGAAGGAGUAAUCUUUGAAGGGGAGCCAAUGUACUUAAAUGUGGGAGAAGUUCCAACACCUUUUCACACCUUCAAAGUAAAAGUAACUACUGAAAAAGAACGAAUGGAAAACAUUGAUUCAAGUAUAUUAUCACCGAGACAGUUAAAAACACCACUUCAAAAAAUUAUCACAGACAAAGAUGAUGUAGAAGAUGAACAGGAGCAUUACGUAAAUGAUGACUUUGACAUUGAAACUAAAAUGGAAGAGCAGAAAAAAAAUCCUGGAUCUCCUGCACUUGAAGAAUCGAGUUCAGUUUGUGAUGAAGAUGAAAUUAUGAGGUCUAAAGAGAGCCCAGAUCUUUCAACUUCUCAUUCUCAGGUCGAGCAACUGGUCAGUAAAACAUCCGAGCUUGAUGUGUCUGAAAGCAAAACAAGAAGUGGAAAAAUCUUUCAGAAUAAAAAAGUUAAUGGAAAUCAGCCAGUGAAAUCUAAAGAAAACCGGAAGAGAAGUCAACUAGAAUGCGGGAAACCAGUCCUUCAUCAUUUUGACUGUUCCAGUCAAGAGUCAAUGCCAAAAAGAAGAAAGUUUAGUGAGCCAAAGGAACAUAUAUAAAAAUUAUUCUUAUUCUGUGUUUCUGUAAUCUUCAACAUUUAAACUAGCAUAUUCUAUAUUGCUACCUUAAGGUGUGUUUUCUCUGCUUUUGAAAUUUACAUGUAGUUUUAAGAAGUGACCACAGUACAGUGAAUAUCAGCUAUCAUAUUGUGAUAUUUAAUCUUAACUGAGACAAAUCCAAUAGAAGUACUGGUGUUAUAACUGAUUCUGUUACCUAGUCAAUAUUGACCUAUCUCCCAUUUUUAUGGAUACUUCCUUUAAACAUUUAUUAACAUUAAGGUCCUCUAAGGCCAUUUUUGAAACAAAUAAUGUUUAUUUAGGUAUAAAUUUUGGUAGGACUAUUACUUUUUACUUAUGUUAAAAUUAUACCAUUUAACUGACUAUGUCACUGUGCUGUUAAAACAAUGUUCUUCAGUGCUUUGAUAUAAUGUACUUACAUAUAUAAUGUACAACUAAAUUUUGGUGCUUUUAUGUUUUUAAUGUUUUUUACUACAGGACAAAACAAUAACUGAUUUUUGAAGUCUACAUUUUUGACAGCAUAAAUAAAAUAUUAAGCAUCUGUAA